CGGCGCGCUCCCGGCUGGCGCAGCCCGGCGAUGUUCGCCAGGCGGCAGCGGGGCCCGUUGCAGGCGUUGCGGCGCCGCAACCAGGAGCUGAAGCUGCAGAUUGACGGUUUGGUUGCUGAGAACCAAUCGAAAGGAAACCUAGAACCCAGUAAAAAGCAAGAUAUUUACAAAAGAUGUAUCCAGUUAAAACAGGCAAUAGAUGAAAAUAGAACCACUCUCCAAAACUUAAACAAAGCUGAUGAAAGUGCACCUGUCGGGAACUAUGAACAGAGAAAGUUAGAGGAGCAGCAUCUUUUGGACACCCUGACCUGCCAAUUGAAGGAACUUGCUGUGAGCAUAAGCAGAGAAAAAGAAUCUAAAAAUGAUAAACUUAGUGAAGAAGUGGAAAACAGUGCUUCUACUGAAGAAGACGAAGAUGACGAAGAAGAUGAAGAAGGAGAGAGUGAAGAAAUUGGUAGAGAAGAAGAAUCAGAAGAAGAAGAGAAAGAGGAACAUGACUCUACUAAGCAAAUGACAAAUACUCAAUACAUUGCUCUGGGAGAUUUUGCCGCCCAGCAGGCUGGGGAUCUUACAUUUAAGAAAGGGGAAAUUCUACACAUAAUUGAAAAAAAGCCUGAUGGUUGGUGGAUGGCUAAGGAUGAGAAAGGAAACAAGGGUCUCAUUCCCAGAACCUACCUGGAGCCCUAUUAUAAGGAAGAAGACAGCCGAGAAUCCAGUGAGGAGGUCAGUAAAGAGGACAGUGAAGAGGACGUAGAGGUGGUGGAUGAAACUGCAGAUGGAGCUGAAGUAAAGCCAAGAACUGAUUCCCAUUGGAGCGCUCUUCAAAAAGCGAUCUCAGAGCAGAUCAACACUGUUGAUGUGUUAACCACGAUGGGGGCUAUUCCAGCAGGGUUCCGGCCUUCUACCCUCUCCCAGAUGCUAGAGGAAGGGAAUCAAUUUCGAGCAAGUUACUUCUUACAGCCAGAGCUCACAACAUCAAAACUGGCCUUCAAAGACCUGAUGUGGGAUGCUAAAGAAGGCACUAUUAAGUCAAUACCAAGUCGUGUUUCAUUGAUUCUGACCCUGUGGAGCUGUAAAAUGAUUCCUCUCCCAGGAACAAGCAUACAGGUUCUCAGCAGACAUGUACGCCUCUGUCUGUUUGAUGGUAGCAAGGUUCUGAGCAACAUUCACACAGUCAGAGCCACAUGGCAACCUAAAAAGCCCAAAACAUGGACCUUUUCUCCCCAGGUUUCUGGCAUCCUGCCAUGCCUGCUUGAUGGUGAUUGUUUUAUCAGGUCCAAUUCUCCAUCUCCAGACCUUGGAAUAUUAUUUGAACUUGGAAUUUCUUAUAUCCGAAACUCAACUGGUGAACGAGGAGAGUUAAGUUGUGGCUGGGUGUUCCUUAAGCUUUUCGAUGCUAGUGGAGUUCCUAUUCCAGCAAAAACUUAUGAGCUCUUCUUGAAUGGUGGUGCUCCGCAUGAAAAAGGUGUUGACGUGGACCCUUCAGUACCCCGCAGAGCACAGGGUGGUGUUUUCCAUCAGAUGAUAGCCAUGCGGAGGCAGCCUCAACUUCUAGUGAAACUGAGGUCUGUGAACAGGAGAUCAAGAACCAUCCUCAGUCUGUUGCCAGAAACACUGAUUGGGAGUAUGUGCUCCACUCACUUGUUGUUAUUUUAUCGACAAAUUCUUGGAGAUGUGCUCCUGAGAGACAGGGCGAAUCUGCAAAGCGCUGAUCUCAUUAGUCAUCCAGUGCUGGCCACCUUCCCUGUGCUCUUGGAGCAGCCGGAUGUAAUGGACGCCCUCAGGAGUUCCUGGGCUGAAAAAGAAAGCACCCUGAAAAGAUCGGAGAAGAGAGACAAGGAGCUCCUGAAGGCCAAGUUCCUCCUGGUCUACCAUGACUGCGUGCUCCCUCUGCUGCACUCCACACUGCUGCCCCCAUUCCGGUGGGCAGAAGAAGAGACCGAGGCUGCUCGGUGGAAGGUCAUCGCUGACUUCCUCAAGCAAAGCCGAGAGAACGGUGGCUCCUUGAAGGCUCUGCUGUCACCAGACGGGGUUCAUUCACCUUUCGACCUUUCAGAGCAGACCUAUGACUUCUUGGGAGAAAUAAGGAAGAACUUAUCCUGAUGGGGGCUGGGCCCUCAGCUUCACCCUGGUACUGGGGAGCCUUCCAUGUGGAUUUGAAUCAAAUGACAGCCAAAAGAACUGACUGGCUACAACCUAAGUCCUAUUCUUUUUUUAUUCAAAUUCUAUUUUUAAAGAAAUAUCUAAUAAUUUGAGUGUGUUUAAAACAAUAAAAUAGAUUUUUAUAAGGAA